ACAUUCUCGCCCAAAAUGGCCGCUGCCAUCGCUGACCGCAUUCUGAACCCGGCCAGCGCCCCGGCCCCCGAACUAUCCUUCCUGCCCUAUCUCAAGACUGCUUUCCCACCCUUCGGUUUCCCUAAUAAGCACAACCGUCCGACAUGCGCUGCCUACAAGAACGGUCACUGUCCUCUGGGCCCUGCUUGUCCUGACCGUCACUACACUCCUCCGAACGAGCGAUCUGGAAUUGGUCAUCUCAUCUGCAAACAUUACCAACGCGGACUCUGCAAGAAAGGCGACCAAUGCGAGUUCGCCCACACCUUCGACUUGCGCGGUGAAAGAGAGUGCAAGGAAUUCAGUCGCUUUGGACUCUGCCCACAGGGUGAUGAGUGUACCUAUCUCCAUAUCGCUCCUACCUCAACGUUGCGCAUCGCUCCCUGUCCUCACUUCGCCCGAGGCUUCUGUCCCCUUGGUCCAUACUGCAGCCUGCGACACAUCAAACACACCACCAUCUGCCCAUUCUACCUCGCUGGUUUCUGUCCGAAUGGUCGAUCAGGUCCACCCGACAGGGACAACGUCGUCUCUUGCGAACAUGGAGCUCACCCUAAGUGGAUUGACGCUAAGGAUCUCAAGAAGCCGGAGCCUCGUCGCAUUAAGCCUGAAGAGGAGCUACGCAGAGAGCAAGAGGAGCGUGAAGAGGAAUUCUUUGCCGAGGAGGAGAAGCGACGCGAAAGAUUCGAACGAGGUGAAAGCGGUGGUGGACGUGGUUGGGGCAAACGUAGAGGUAGAGGAAGAGGUGGCUGGAGAGGCAGAGGAGGCUGA